AAGAUUUCUAAAAUAUUCUAAAAAAAAGAGAAAAAUAUUUCUAAAAUCAGAGAAUCCUUCGUUUUCUCUCUCCCUGAUUCUUUUCCUUCUUCCUCUUCAGCUUCGUUUUCUCUCUCCUCUGUCGUCACCGUCGCUUCUUCACCGCCGGAGAUCGAUCUGCUCCACCGCCGGUGAUCUCUACCCUCUUCCAUAUCAGACUAAUUCAGGUUUAAGUACUCUGUUAAUUUCUAUACAAUUUUAUCCUGGUAAAGCCAAUCCUCCUGAAAUUGCAUCUAUUGGAGGUGUUAGAGUAUUUUUAUGUUUUGGUGUGUUCAUCUCUUUUGGAUUAUGUCUAAGGUUUAUUUUGAUCAUAUGAAUUAGCUGUUUGGAAGUUACUUUUUGUAUAUUUGGAUUUCAAGAUUUUAUAGUGUUGAAUGCCGCCAAUCUGCAAUUAGUUUAUUGUUUGGAGUGAUUGCAUAUAGAAGUAAUAGAACCAACCAAAUUGAAUGGCCAAUAUUUAUUUUUGGCCGAUUACUGUUAUAGUUAUGAAUUAUCUGAAAUUCUCAAAUCUAAGCAUGGGUAUUGUUCUUUAAAGGAUUUGUUUAUAUUUUGUGCGACUAUAUCAACGUUGUUGCUGUGUGAAUCGCAAUGUUGUUACUUUAGUACAACAAUAUUACAAUAGUAUUAUCUUAGAUAUUUUAGCCUUCUAAGCUUCCUAUAUUCAAAAGCAUUUCGGUACAAUUGGCUUUGGAGAGUUUAACCUGCUUAACCGAGCAUCUUUUUCUUAGUGUUUAAUCCAUAAGCCUAUUUCUUAAUUUCCCUUCGCCUCUGUGGUUUGUUCUUUGGUUCGUCAGGUUCUUCUUUCUUUCUUGUGCUUACUUAUCUUCUGUUAUGUGACCCUCUUUUUAUAAGAAACUCUUAUCAUAUUUUGACAUUUCUACUUAUAUGUUAAAAAAAUUAAGUUUCAUUUUUAGAAUUGGUAUCCUCGAAGUCAAAUUGUUUUACUGUUCCCAGAAUGAUAGUCAGUCUAGUGCCUUACUUGGAGCCAUCGUCCUUCCCUCUCUGAAAAAAGAAGGGAACUUUUUUUUUAAAGAUGGAGUUGACUCAUGUUACAAAGGAGCGAGUGAUGCUGAUAGGUUAAAAUCAGGAUCCCUGUCAAAUCAUUGGUUCCGUUUUAUUGUUCUACCAUCUAUAAUAGUUGCAAUCUCUUAGCUUAUACGCAUUACAAGUUAGCUGUAAAAUUCAACUAACCAAAUCAAUCUUUGUACUUAGAACCUUGUAGUUGUAGCUCAUUUGUAAUGAUCAGUGUGGACAAAUCUCUGAAAAAAACUUCUCCUGAUGUAAAGGGCAGGGGAUAUCGACAGGUCUUACUUAGUUACGUUGAGUAGAAUAAUAGAUAUUGGUUCUGUUCUAUACGGAACAUAUAUUUUGUUCCCUUCCCUUCCCUUAACAAGAGAAGUGAUGUGGUAAUACAGACAGCAGGAGAUUAUUUUGAUUUGGUAAAAGCUUGUAACAUCAGACUAUCAGAGCAGAGAUGAGGGAGUUUAUCUAGGUCUAUAUUAGUACAUAAAGUGCAAUUAAGACAAGAUCAUGUUUUGUUCUGGUACUUGGAUAUUAUAACCUUUGGGGGUUUUUGAGGUUUUAGAUGACCCACAAAGGUCACAAAGAGUCAAAGCUCUGUAAACGAGAUUCAAGGGUGAACUAAAGUGCUUUGAGGCUAGUCAUGGAUAAUUUUCUAAUUAGUCCUUAAUCUUAUGUUAGUCUUGUACCUUUAUAAUUGGUGCUAUUUCUUACGAAGUAACAAAUAAGGUCUCUAAAAUUGUGCCAAGUUUCAUUAAAAUAUAUUUAAGCUUUGUGUUAGGAGCUAAGGUAAUCUUAACAUCCACUCUUUUAUGGAUUACACUUAAAUUUCCAUUAAAGUAACCAAGGUAUUCUGUUUUAACCAAAGAUCUAGGAAUCAAGCUGUGGUUUUCGAACCUGUAAACUUCCCAGUAGCUUUGUGCUAUUGCUGCUGUUGUUUCAUUUUAAGUACUGCUUCACAUUGAAUGUUGCCUUGCAAUAUCUAGUUGGAUGUGUUUAUACUUUAUAGUGCAAUAGCUAGUUUGGAGUUUGUUAUUGCAACAGGCUAGUGCUCAGUGGCUAUUGUUAAGCUUCAGAAGGUCCUUAGGGAUUGGACAGCAAGUGACAUUGGAACAACAGGCCAGUGCCAGUGCUCAGUGGCUAUUGUUAAGCUUCCCGUCCAGUUUUUUUUUUGGCAGAAUGUUCUCAUCUAGUAUGAAGAACGGGAUUGGACAGCAAGUGACAUUGGAACAACUUUCUGAAGGUCUCGGUGAGCUGUCAGCCUACUUUUUUUAUCCCAAGGUUGAGAUAACUGGCGGUCUGUUCAAGCCAGUGCCUGGAACUAAUCAAGAUGAUGGCAUGAUCAGGUAUUCAAUAAUCCGAGGGAGCGACCUUUCACCUUUGAGGAGAUAGAUGAAGUUCGAGAAAUGUUGGCAAAAUUCAUUACCGGUGAUUGUCUUUGAUAUUUUCUUGUACUGAAUCUUAAAUUAUGGAUGCUAGCUAGUUUUUCAUAUGAUUGUAAUGUAAUCGACUUUUAUAUUAACAGUUAUAUACUAUUUAAUUUAAUUAUCUAUAUAAUUGGAUACUUUUUAUAUGACGUAUGGAGGUUAAUCAGUGGCGUGGUCCAAUUGUAAUAUGUAGCAGGGAAAUUGGUUAUACAACAAAUCUAGAUCAAGUGCGGCUCAUUUAUAGGCCAAGUGCGGCUCAUUUUUAUGCUUGUACUGCCUAUUUCUAUGUCAAGUGCGGGCUCAUUUUCAAAUUUGGCAGCACCAAAUAUGUCAAGUGCGGGCUUAUUUUCAAUAUUGGCAGCACCAAAUAUGUCAAGUGCGAGCUCAUUUUCAAAAUUGGCAGCACCAAAUAUAUCAAGUGCGGGCUCAUAUUCUAAAAUUGGCAGCACAAAAUAUGUCAAGUGCGGGCUCAUUUUCCAAAUUGGCAGCACUUGAAACAUCGAGUGCUGCCAAUAUUUUGGCAGCACUUGAGAAACAUCAAGUGCGGGCAGGCCAUGUGUUGCACAUGUAAAAUCCCGCACUAAACCCCUUAAAAUGAGCCCGCACUUGAGGAUUUUUCCUCUAGUGAUAGAUGGUGACUUCGUGGACGAGGCUAAUGCCAAUCGACAUUCUGAAAUUGGUGGUCGCUUCUUGGGUUUGCCUGAGGGGUAUCGGUUGGUUGUGCCGAGGAAGAAACAGACGGUGGCCGACUGCCCUGAGGGGCAUGUUGUCGUUUAUACGAAGAUGUUUGAUUAUGGGUUGCGUUUUCCCUUGCACCCGUUUAUUGAGAAGGUUCUGCGAGCUUGGAAUGUCGGCCUUGUUCAGGUAUCUCCUAUAGUUAUCCGAAAUUUGGUGGCCUGUACUUGCCUGUUCUCCUUCAAGCAGUGGCCUUUGACGUUGAAUUUAUUCAAGAGACUCCAUUGGUUGAAGCGUGACGGUAAGGAGACUGGCUGGUGGACGAUCUUUACCAAAUCGCAGAGGCUGGUUGUGAAUCCACGACUUUCUAAUUGUAAGGGCUGGAAGGAUCAUUUCUAUUUCAUGGCUGUUCCUGAGGAUUAUCCUCUUCGUCUCACUUUCUUCCAGCCUAAACCCAGGAUGGAGCAGUUUGAUCAGGCUGACCUUGGUGUUCGUGAGCAACGCGCCUAUGAUAGGAUGCUAGUUGAGUAUGUGAAUGUGGGUCUCUCUAAGCCGAAGACUCUACCGGCGUUUUGGCUACCCCCUGCCGGUUAUAUUCUUAGCCCUGCUGCGCUGGGUGCAGUUGGUCUCGCACCCACACAUCCCCUUGGGCAUCAUCUAUUGAACAAGGCUGCACUCGGCCUUGACAAGAAUUGGAAGGUGAUUGAAAGGUGUCGUGACGCCCUUUCCGAGAAAUAUUACACGGUUGCCACCUUCUGUGCAAAAGCUUGUCGUGGUCGGCCUCCGACUUUUGUUACUCCUUCCGUUAUUCUGAACAGAGGUGUUGUUCCUCGGGUUACUCGAACAAAAGUUCCUGCUGCAGCUGAAGCUACUUCCUCCGAUCAGCCUGAGAUGUCUACUGGUAAUAGGUUCGUUUCUCUUCCUACCGGCCGAGGGGGGCACACUACUCGAAAGAGGUCUUCCCUUCAGACCAACGCUAAUUCUCCCAAACGGUCUAAAAAUGAUGCUGAGAAGCCGGCUCAGGAGAAGGUUAAGGAUUUUUAUGCUAGUGUUGAUAAGCCCUUGCAGACCUCGGGUGCUGGCGCGAAGGUUCUUGAACAGCCUGCUAAGUCGGUCGAGAUUUUGGAUGUUGAUCUGAUGUCUAAACUGAACCGGAAGCAGGUGAUGAGUGAUCUAAUUAGUCAGCCGUGCCACCCUGUGCCCAUCUCGAGGCACAGUCCGAGUAUAAACAGGUGUGCCAGCUCGGCGUCUAAGUAUGGGGUCAUAGUUCGUUCUGGCGACUAUAUCGAGGAUAAGACCAUUAUACUGUCUCCGGAUACCCUUGCCGGUCUUUGUUUUCCUCCUGGUCACGCUGAUGAGCAUUGGCAGCCGUCGACCGAUGUGCUAAGGGGCGAGUCGAUCUAUUCUGUUUGACCGUCCCAAAGAUGGGGGCACACUGGGCUAUCGGUCUUUGCGUCAAGUUGUCACACCUGCCGAUGGUGUGCCGCAAGAGAUUGAGACGUCGGCUGCACAGUUGAUUCAUGACCUGUAUUCGGUGACCCAAUCUGCGACCGAGCUUGUGUAGUGCUAUCGGAGUUAUCAAUGUUGUUUAAAACGAUCACAAGCUGAGAAAGAGAAGCUUCAGGGUGAUAAUGCUGAAUCCGUCAAGACUGAAGGUGAAUGCCGAAAGCAGAUUGCGCAACUUGAGCUGGAUGUUAUUGCUGCAGGCAAUAGGAAGGUCGAAUUGGAGCUUCUUCCAGCCAAGUUGGAGGAAGAGGAGAAGAAGUCAGCUGAGCUGCAGGUUAAGCUAGAUGCGGCGUUGAAUUUAGCCCGGGAGGUUGAGAAGGCUACCAAAGAUGGUCGCAAAGCAUUGGCACUGAAGGCCGUGAAGAAGUUUAUGAAGUCUGACUUUUACUGCGAGGAGAUGAAGGGACGUUACAACAGUGGAUGGACUGCUGCCCACCGCUGUGCGGUUAAGUCUUUAAAUUUGACAGAAGCUGCCUUGGGUAAGGUCGAGGUAUCUUAUGAGGAGGGUGACCAUGUUAAGCCGACUAGCAUGGAGACUCAGACCUUUCCGGACAUGGUUAUUCAGAGUGCUGACCCCCGCCUUCUGUCAGAUAGAGAGAUUCCUGAGUCUGCCUAUUGGAGUGAUGCAGACGGUUCAGCUUGACGGUCUUGGCAGUCAUCACCAGGCUCUUCAUGUGGCUCUUCCAACAGUUUUUUCAGGCCUCGCACUUGUUAAUAUCUGUUGGUAGUUUUGUGAAUGUUAUUGGCGGAUGUAAUUUAUAAACAAUUUCUUUUGCUUCUUUCUAGCUGUUGUGGCACUUGUCUUUUGCCGUGUAUUCGUGUUUCAAGAACGUUGUGUUCGUCUUGAUAGAGCCGUUUGUGCCUUUUAGCAACUACUCACUCCGCAUUUGCUAUUUUUUGGGUGGUGGCUGUCGUCUCCGUAUUUCUUAAUCUUUUGUGGGAUGUAUUUAAUGGAUUACUCGUUUCUUGCU